AUCGUUGGAUAAAGAGGAAGUGUGUUCUGGGAGAGAACGAAAGCGAGGGAGAGACAAGUGUGCAAUCUGAACUGGCGUCAAAGUUAACAAGAACGCUACAUUAAAGUACAUUUUACACACAUAUAUACAUAUUUUAUUUUACACUCUGCUCCGAGUUAGUGAUAUACAAUCGUACAUCCACGUGAACCUAGCCCCGCGCUCCUCUCUUGCUGCUUACCAUCAUGGCGAACUUUCUGCUCCAUGCGAGUAAUGAACAGUCUUAUCUACGUAACGUCUUUGGCGGACACCUCCUGUAUCAACACAGGCUUCCAGGAAAUACACGAAAUCAGCUGGAUGAAAGAUAUUCUUCGAUAUGCCGUCAACGUCUUUAAAUGCUGUACUGGUGUUGUUUAUACUUGGUGGAUCCAGAGCUGUUCUCAACACUCCAAGUAAUGUCCGCCUAACUUCCAUAAACAUGAAUUUGGUGCUGAGGUGGGAUUCAUCACCGGAGAGUCUAACCGGUGGUCUUCUCUACACCACUGAGGUCAAGACCUCUGUCACAAUGUACCGAGUGGGUUGUGUGAACACUUCAACACUUGAAUGUGACUUCAGCAGCCUUAAAUUCCCCCUCAGCAUGUACGGAACGUAUACAGCCAGAGUGCACGCUCAGCAGGAGGCAGAGAGCUCUCCUUGGGUGGAAAGUAACAAUAUUACCAUGGACAUUGAUACCAUCAUUGGGUCACCCAAUGUCUCGCUCUUUUCCAACGGGGCUACAAUUGAUGUUACCAUUGAAGAUCCAGUGUUUGCGCUCUCAACGCUCAGGGAUGUCUAUAGUACUGCUACUUACAACAUCACCUACUGGAAAGAUGAUCAGAGUGAAAAGGCAAGAAGCAUAAGUAGUCUGCAAAACCGAGUGAUUUUGAGCAAACUGGACCUCUGGACGAAGUAUUGUGUUCAGGUCCAAAUCAAUGCAGGGGAGAUGACAAAGGGGAACUCCAAGCUAAGCAUUCCAAGCAGCACUGUCUGUGAGAGCACCACCACUGAACCGGAAGCUCCAUGGGUGCCGGCACUGGUCACGUUUUUCAUCAUGACCUUGACGGUAACCCUUGUGGUGAUUGCAGUGGUUUAUAGGAAAACGAUUUCCCAUCUUCUUUGUCCGCAAGAUGUGCUGCCUUCGCAUCUAUUGGAAACCCAGAACUCGCUUCACGACUGGACCACGAAGAUCUCUGACCAACCUGAGGAGAUAUACAAAUCAGUCAGAGUUAUUGCAGAUAAUGAGUCAACGGAAAAACAGAAAGUCGUUGGAAGAGGCGGUGUCUUCCUAUUGCAGAAAACUUGAUGUUCCAUCUUUGUGAGACCAUGAAAACAGAAAAGUUGCUCAAGGGACCACUCAAUAACAGGAAAAACUGUGCAAGAUGCAGUCAUUUGUAACUGAGAGUGAUUAUGUGCAGGGCUGACUGACAAGCAGGGCUUCCAGUUGUUUUAACAAGUGGUUAGCAAGCAGGCCACACAGCUACUAGGAGACCUGCUCGGGCAUCUCUGUGUGGCGUUUGCAUGUUCCUCCGACAUUCCAAAAACAUGCUAGGUUAAUUGGAGACUCCAAAUUGUCCAUAGGUAUGAAUGUGAGUGUGAAUGGUUGUUUGUCUAUAUGUGUCCUGUGAUUGGCUGGUGACCAGUCCAGGGUGUACCCCGCCUCUCACCCGAAGACAACUGGGAUAGGCUCCAGGAUGCCCUCAACCGUCGUGAGAAUAAGCAGUAGAAAAUUCAUGAAUGAAAUGAAUUUGUUGCAGAACAACUACUACACACCAUGACUGAAAAUUUUGCAUUGUGUAAACACUAAGUUAAUUGUCCAUAUAAUAUAACACACUGACAUACUAUCAAGAGACUCUUUUUGUGUGUAUUAAAGUUUAUGUAA